AUGCUGCCGCUGCUGCUUGCGUGCUGCUGCUGCCGGGUACUGCCGUCGCUUGCCGCCGCUGCUCGUCAUACGGCCGUCGCCGCCGCUGUGCUGCUAGGCCCUGCCGCUAGUGCUGCUGUCGGCCACCUGCGCCGCUGGCCGCCCCAACCCGCGCCGCGCGCCAUGGCCGUGCUGGUCGCGCCUGCCGCGGCUCGCCCGCGACCACCUGCCGGCCCGCACUCCGCCCCCCGCUGCUCCCCGCCCUCGCCGCCGGCCUUCCCUGCUCAUCCUCCGUGUGCCCCGUGCCGCGCCGUCAGGGCCGCGCCCUGCUUCUCCCUCGGCGCGCUACGGGCUGGCCGUCGCCGGCGCUCCUCUGGAGCGACCGUGCGUGCUAGCCCAGCUGGCCCUCCACCCUGUUUCAGUUAG